AUGUAUGGCCUAGGCAAUCAAGCUGAGAUGCGUAGGGCGGCCCAGAAGGCAGGGGAGAUGGUUGAUAAACAGAUUGAACUGAAAUUAGUCGCCUUCAACGACCACACACGUGAGGGUCACACGUUCGAUUAUUCCAAAUAUUACAGAAACGUUUUAUUUCCAUCUGUGCCGAUCGGCGAAUUGGCGGCCCCGGUGACAUCGGUACACGCGAUGAAAAUGAAUAACAAACGACAAAAAAAUCCCAACCGAGUGCUGUGGCGGUCGAAGUGGAACAUCGCAGGAAAG